UUUUCUUCAGUCUUAAAUUCUGGAUCGAAAUCCAAGAUGGGUCUGUUGUUCAAACCCAUGUUCCUCUCUUUACUGUUGUUUCUGCUUUGGCACCAAACAGAAGGGGAGAAUUUCAGUAAUGCAAACACUACCAGGCUCUCCAGAGCUAGAGAGCUUGCUGGUAGGUGCAAUUUCUUUAGAGGUAAAUGGGUCUAUGACUCUUCUUAUCCUCUCUAUGAUUCUUCAAGCUGCCCCUUCAUAGAUCCAGAAUUCGACUGCAUCAAGUAUGGCAGACCUGAUAAACAGUACCUCAAAUAUAGGUGGCAGCCCCUUUCCUGCAACUUACCAAGGUUUAAUGGGCUGGAUUUCUUGGAGAGGUGGAGGGGGAAGAGGAUAAUGUUUGUGGGAGACUCGCUGAGUUUCAACCAGUGGCAGUCUCUAUCAUGUAUGAUACACUCAUCGGUACCCAACGCCAGGACCUCUCUGAUGAAGAGCGGGCCUCUUUCUUCACUCACAUUUGAGGACUAUGGGGUGAAGUUAAUGUUGUACCGUACAACAUACCUAGUGGAUUUGGUGAGGGAAAACGUGGGGCGAGUCUUGAAGCUUGACUCAAUCCAAAGCGGAAAUGCAUGGAAGGGCAUGGACAUGCUGAUCUUCAACACGUGGCACUGGUGGACCCACACCGGAAGAACACAGCCAUGGGAUUACGUGCAAGAGGGGAAUAAGCUGUACAAGGAUAUGAACCGUCUGAUUGCAUAUUAUAAAGGGCUGACCACAUGGGCGAGGUGGGUCAACAUCAACGUUGACCCUUCUAAAACCAAAGUCUUCUUCCAGGGCAUUUCUCCCACCCAUUAUGAGGGAAAGGACUGGAACCAGCCAUCAAGGUCAUGUGAUGGAGAAAUGCAGCCAUACAUCGGCGCAAGCUACCCAGCCGGCAUACCCAUGGCCGCGGUGGUGGUCAACAAAGUUCUAAGUCGGAUUAAGAAGCCUGUAUAUUUACUUGAUGUCACCACUCUCUCGCAAUAUCGCAUAGACGCACACCCGUCCGACUAUAGCGGCGAGCGUGAUGGCAUCACCGACUGCAGCCACUGGUGCCUUCCUGGCCUGCCCGACACUUGGAAUCAACUCUUAUAUGCCGCUCUUGUUAGCUAGAGCUACAUCGUCAUUUAUGAUUAAUUUCAUCUUGUUAGUACUUUUGUUCACAAUUGGAAGGGGAAAAAAAAAAAAAAAUCAUUGUUUAGGCAUUAGGGGUUUUCCAAUAAGAGGUUGGUUGAAUUGAUUCAUCAUUGAUGAUAUGGUUUAAUUGUAAAGAAAUAUAUUAUUAUGGCAUCAAGUUGCCUUGAUCUUAAGAAAUGUAUCUCUAGCAAUUUUGAAAUCAUUGCCUGUUCUUAUUAA